GGGCACUGGGUCCCCAGGCGGAGCGGCGGGCACCGGGUCAUCAGGCACGACAGCGGGCAUCGGGUCACCAGGUCAUUUGGCUCGCCAGUGGGCACCGCGUCAUCUGGCAAGGCAGUGGGCACCGAGUCACCAGGCACGACAGUGGGUUCUGAGUCAACUGGCAUGACCGCGGGCACUGGGUCAGACAUUGGAUCGUCUGGCUCGACAGCGGGCAUCAGGCCACCAGGCAUCAGGUCAUUUGGCUCGACAGCGGGCACCGCGUCAUCUGGCAAGGCAGUGGGCACCGAGUCACCAGGCACGACAGUGGGCUCUGAGUCAAUUGGCACGAUAGCGGGCACCGGAUCAUCAGGUACCGGAUCAUCUGGCUCGACAGCAGGCACCGGGUCAUCUGGCGCUGGAUCGUCUGGCUCGACAGCGGGCAUCGGGUCACCAGGCAUGACAGCGGGCACUGGGUCAUCAGGCAUUGGAUCGUCUGGCUCGACAACGGGCAUCGGGUCACCAGGUAUGACAGUGGGCACUGGGUCAUCAGGUGUGAUAGGAUCAUCAGGCUGGAUCAGUUCAUCAGGCUGGGUACAGACAUCAGGCAGGGUAGAGACAUCAGGCUGAAGUGCGGACGGCAGGCUCACCGGUUUGGAUACUGGCAGGAUGGUACUGGUUGGAAAGAAUUUUCGCUUUUUUCUGGUUUUAACUACUGGAGCACUGCAAGUAAACUCAGGUGUGCAAACGAAUGGAGCAGCUGAGGACAGAGGAGAGCUGGAGGAUGGAACAGAGGAGGGAGCAGUUGCUACAGAGGACUUCUUUACAGGGUUAAAGAAAGGAUAGGUGCAGCGAGUGGGACAGAGGACUGAUAUGUGGUAGUUAG